AUGAGUUGUGACAAAUUGAAACAAAUAUGGUUCCAAAUUCCAAUUAGACUUAAAAAAACGAGAAAACGAGAAAACGAGAAAACGAGAAAACGAGAAAACGAGAAAACGAGAAAACGAGAAAACGAGAAAACGAGAAAACGAGAAAACGAGAAAACGAGAAAACGAGAAAACGAGAAAACGAGAAAACGAGAAAACGAGAAAACGAGAAAACGAGAAAACGAGAAAACGAGAAAACGAGAAAACGAGAAAACGAGAAAACGAGAAAACGAGAAAACGAGAAAACGAGAAAACGAGAAAACGAGAAAACGAGAAAACGAGAAAACGAGAAAACGAGAAAACGAGAAAACGAGAAAACGAGAAAACGAGAAAACGAGAAAACGAGAAAACGAGAAAACGAGAAAACGAGAAAACGAGAAAACGAGAAAACGAGAAAACGAGAAAACGAGAAAACGAGAAAACGAGAAAACGAGAAAACGAGAAAACGAGAAAACGAGAAAACGAGAAAACGAGAAAACGAGAAAACGAGAAAACGAGAAAACGAGAAAACGAGAAAACGAGAAAACGAGAAAACGAGAAAACGAGAAAACGAGAAAACGAGAAAACGAGAAAACGAGAAAACGAGAAAACGAGAAAACGAGAAAACGAGAAAACGAGAAAACGAGAAAACGAGAAAACGAGAAAACGAGAAAACGAGAAAACGAGAAAACGAGAAAACGAGAAAACGAGAUAAAAUAUUAA